CUUCUUUCAAAAUCCCAAAACUUGAAAAAAAGAAAAAGAAAAAGAAGAUUUUUGGGUUUUGUUUUUUAAGAUAAAAUUGUAAUUUUUUCCUUUCAAGUUUGGAUCUUUUUCUCGUUUAUGUUAAUGGGCUAGGGUUUGAUUUUUGUGUUAAUAUGUUUGGUGUUUGAUCAGCAAAAAUGGGUAUUUAGUAUAGGGUUCUUGUUUGUUGUUUUUUUUUUCUGGGUUAUUUUCAUGCCAUUGGUGUUUUCUAGGGCUCUUUUAGUUCAGAUCGUGGAAUUGAUCUUUUGAUUAUGGUAAAGAUGAUGAAUUUUGGGAAAAAAAUCAUGGGUUUGAAAUAAUAUGAAGAAUUAUGCAAAAUUCAAUGAAUUUGGACUAAAUUUGUGUUUUUUUUUGUGAGCUCAAAGAAAAAACAUAAAGGAAUUAGGAAAAAAAAUUUGAUGUUGCAAGAGACAUGGUAGCCAUCUCUAAAAAAAGGAAAGGGUAUGGCAGCUGAGGACAAUUUGGACUUGUCGACUCUGCAAUCUCAGCUUAGUGAAACUCAUGAACUGUGGAAGCAGGAGAUUGAAAAACGUCGAGGCCAAGUAGACGUGUUACAAGCCAAAAUUAUGGAGGUAAAGGCUUCUAUACAAGGGUCGGAAGAGGAGUCGAAGAAGGAGUUAGACGUUCUUUGGCGAAGGGUAGAAACUACCGCUACUUUAUUGACUUACUUGAAAUCAAAAGCAAGAGUAAUGGCUGUUCCCGAUUUAGCUCAUAAAUCGUGUGGCAUCAAAUUAUUAGACGGGGUAGGGCUUGUAGAUAAAGAAGGUACACCGCUAUCUAGCUGGUCAAGGAGUGUUGAUCUCUCUUCAUUCGAUUGUUUGGAUGAUGAAACGUGGAUCGGAAUUAGUAGACAACAAGGUUCUUUGGAUGAAAAAGAUGGAGCUUAUAUUGGUGAAUUAAUUAAGUCCGUCCAAAUGGUCACGGAUGUAAUGGAAGUUCUUGUUAAGAGGGUCAUUAUGGCUGAAUCUGAAACUGCUCUUGAGAAAGAAAAGGUGAGUUUAGGUCAGGAAGAAAUUAAACGGAAAGGGGUCCAAAUAGAGAAUAUGUCUAUGAAGUUAGAAGAGAUGGAAAGGUUUGCUCUCGGUACGAAUAGUAUUCUUAACGAAAUGAGACAGAGGGUUGAGGACUUGGUUGAGGAAACUUCGAGACAGAGGCAACGAGCUGCUGAAAACGAACAGGAGCUUACUCGUGUGAAGCAGGAUUUCGAGUCCUUGAAAUCUUAUGUUAGUAGUCUUAUUAGUGUAAGAGAAACUCUUCUUUCAUCGGAGAAGCAGUUUCAAACCAUCGAGCGGCUCUUUGAACGACUAGUUGCAAAGACAACACAGCUCGAGGGCGAGAAAAAGCAGAAAGAGACUGAAGUUCAGAAGCUUAUGGAAGAGAAUGUGAGGUUGACCGCACUUCUCGACAAGAAAGAAGCUCAACUUUUGGCCAUGAAUGAACAAUGCAAAGUAAUGGCCUUAAGUGCUUCAAAUAUAUGAACAACUAUCUCGCUACCACCUAUCGGACUGUACCACCCUGCUGACUCAACAAUCAGCCAGAGAACUGAAAGGUGAGACAAGUUGUGCUCUACAUAGCCGAAUUUGUAACGGAAUACUUUCAUGAAAGUGUAACACAAUGAAGAGUGCAGGGAACUCGAGUUAGUGCUUUGCUUUCGAAAAAAAUCAAACCAUUAAGUGUGUGGAUGCAUAUUGUUGUGCUAUUAGAACACAAAUUUGGUGUACUAAUUGCAGAAAUUUAAAAAUGUCCAUCUUUUCUGUA